UGUACUGCAAGAAUUAUUAGCAGAUUUGUUAAAAUUUGAAGGAGAUAAUGAAUUUUUAGUACAAUUAAGUAACAAAUUGCGUAAUAUGGAAGAAGAAUUCGUUAAUGACAUUUUCGAAUCAUUGUCAGAUGGAGAUUCUUCAUAUUUUAUUAUUUGCAAUGAAAAUAUUCUUAAAAAUAAUAGCAAAGGAUGUUAUGACAUAUUUUUAAUAGAUUCUAUACAAAAUAGUGUGUAUUGUAUAUCUUACACUGCAGACGGACACAAUAUAAAUUUGAAUCAUCCUAUGCCUUUCCAAAUACGUUAUUUAAAUAAUUCAAUUAUUUUGAGUACAUAUAGUUCUGAGUCUAAAAAUAUCAAGUUUUUAACAUGGCUAGAAAAUAAAUUCUUAAAAAAGGUGAUAUCUUGGUCAGAACCGAGAACUCAUAAAAAAUCUCCAUUGAACUGCCCAUCAUUAUCCUUAAUUAAUAAAGAACAAUAUGCACAAUUAUACCAUAGAUUAAAAUUGAAAUAUGGGAAAUCUAUGUGUGAGAUAUGGCCUGAUAAUACUGAUCCUUCAAAGUUUGUUUAUGAAGAUAUAGCUAUUGCUACAUAUAUUUUACUUAUAUGGGCACAGGAGAGAUUAAACAAAAAAUGUAAUACAAUGCAAAACUUUGUUGAUUUAGGCUGUGGUAAUGGACUUUUGGUACAUAUUUUAAAUUCAGAAGGAUAUUCUGGCUAUGGAUUAGAUAUAAGAAAACGUGACAUUUGGGAUAAAUACCCUUCAUCGACAAUAUUAAAAGAGAAGCCUUUUGUUCCAUCAAUUGAUACAUUUCCAGAUGUGCAUUGGCUCAUAGGAAAUCAUUCUGAUGAAAUUACUCCCUGGUUACCUAUUACAGCGACAAGAAGUUCUAUAAAUACAAAUUAUUUUGUUAUACCUUGUUGUCCAUAUGAGCUAAAUGGCAAAAAAUAUCAACGUAAAUUGUCAAGCAAUUCUGUAUAUGAAGAUUUUUUGUAUUACGUUCAAGAUAUUUCAAACCUAUGUGGUUUUAAUACAAAAAUUGAUAAAUUACGCAUUCCAAGUACAAAAAGGACUUGUUUAGUAGGAUGGAAUAGAGAUUUAAGCAUUGAAAAUUAUAAUAGCUUAUGUAAAUCAGUAGAACUUUAUGUGCAGGAAGAAUGUUCCUCUAUAACAAAUUAUACAAUCAGGGAAAAAAUAGAAAAAGUACAAAAUUGCACACAGAUAAAUAAAAAUAUUCAAGAAGAUAUUGUAAAUAGAAUUGUUAAUGAAUUGCUUAAUAAAAAAAAUAAUGAUGCGAAUGGGUGGAAUGAAGGCGGGUGUCUCAAUGUAAAAGAAUUAGCAGAGAUAGUUCCAAAUGAUUUAUUACAUAAAUUGAAAUCAGAGUGUGGUGGCUUGCAGACAUUAUUAAAAAAUCAAAAUAUAUUUAAUAUAAGAAAUGGUAUGGUGUCAUUAUGCAAGCCGAAAACUGUGCAAGAAAUGAAAGAAUUAUAUGUAAUUCACAAAACAAAUGACAAUCGAGUAACUUUGAAACGUAAGGCAUUACAAAAUAGAUCAUUGAAGCCUAAGAAUUUAAAAUUAGUUGAUGAUACUGAUUUUAAUGCAUUGCUUCAGAAAAAAGACUGUUGGUAUUUUUAUAAUCAUCCUCAAGGAUGUCCAUUAACGAAUGAAGAUUGUAGUUUUAAACAUAAGUAAAAUAUUUUUAUACCACAUGGGUAAUUUGAAGAAAGAAUA